UCGACAUAGUAAGGCAUGCAUUAAUACUGUAGUUUGUUAAAAAAAUAUCCAACAAAUCAUUACUUGGGCUUCAACAACCAAAAUCACAACAAAACAAACAGAAAUAAGCAGUAAAUGCAUACAACACAAUUACAAAGUCCUUUCUACUUCACCUUUAAUUACAAAACAAAUCCAAACACAUUACCCAUCAAUGCUCCUCCGCUUAAAACCUUCACUUUCAGAACUCAUCAAAACUGCAAAUGGAAAACAGCUGGCUUCCCCCGGCACUACUCCUCCUCUCCAUCAUCACCACCAACGCCGCCCAAAUGCUCGGCGGCGGCCCCGCCUACAUCGCCCUGCAGGCAUGGAAAUCCGCCAUCACAGACGACCCGCUCGGGAUCACGAGCUCAUGGGCCGGCACCGACGUCUGCUCCUACAAAGGCAUCUUCUGCUCAGAAACCACCGAUUUCAUGGGAAAUCCCCUUUCCAAAACCGUCGCCUCCAUUGACCUAAACCAUGCAAAUCUGCAAGGCAGCCUAGUCAAAGAGCUCUCGCUCCUCACCGAUUUGCGCAUCCUCCACCUCAACACCAACCGCUUCAGCGGCGCCGUCCCGCCCUCCUUCCGAGACCUCUCGUCGCUGGCCGAAUUAGACCUCAGCAACAACCGCUUCUCCGGCCCCUUCCCGACCCCGGUGCUCUACAUCCCCAAUUUGCUCUACUUAGAUCUCCGAUACAAUGCCUUCAGCGGCGCCAUUCCGCAGGGCCUCUUCUACAAGAGCCUCGACGCCAUCUUCCUCAACAACAAUCUCUUCGACGGCGAGCUGCCGCCCAACCUCGGCAGCUCGCCGGCGUCGGCGAUCAACCUCGCCAACAACAGAUUGAGCGGCGCCAUCCCGUUCAGCCUGGGGUACAUGGGCGUGAAGGAGAUCCUGUUCCUCAACAACCGCCUCACCGGCUGCAUUCCGGAGGGGGUCGGAAUGUGGUCGGAUUUGCAGGUGUUGGACGUGAGCUCGAACUCGUUGAUGGGGCAUCUGCCGCACUCGCUGUCGUGUCUCAGCGGCCUCGAGGUUCUGAACCUCGCACACAACCAGCUGUCGGGGGAGCUGCCGGACUUGGUGUGCUCGCUGCGGAGUUUGCUCAAUUUGACGCUGGCGGCCAAUUUCUUCUCCGGCUUCAGCCCUAAUUGCAAUAGGUUGCUGUUUAGGAAUGUGGGAUUUGAUUUCUCCUUCAAUUGCAUUCCCGGGAAGGAGAUGCAGCGCCCGCAGCCGGACUGCUCCGCGGUGCCCGGCGGCGGCCUCAGUUGCCUCAGAAUUCCGUCGCUCAAGCCUCUUAUAUGUGGAGGGUUGUCCAAUUCCAUUCCUUGACAUGCAUUAUCCAUAAAUUCUGGAAUUAUACGACGAUGAUGAAGAUUCGAUCGCAGCCAUAUUUUGGAUAAGACAAAGCUAAAGUAGAUAGUGCCACUAUGUAUGUAUGUAAUUUUGCUUCUGUUAUGUCACGUGUUUCGAAUUUGGAUUACUUUUUAUGGCAAUUUGUGUUCACGUGUUUUCUCUGAUUAAA